AUUUCAGAUCGACUGUACGAUCCUAUGACAUUACGCUGUAAUAAUAUUGGUGGAAGUAAACCGAAAGUGGCUACACCAGGAGUCGUCACUAAAAUAGAGAUGCUGAAACGAGAAAACCCCACAAUGUUUGCUUGGGAAAUACGGGAUAGACUUCUUGAAGAUAGUAUCUGCCAACCAUCAAAUGUACCAAGUGUCAGCUCCAUCAACAGGAUCUUGAGGAAC